GGGAGAGGGGAGGAGGCCUUUGCAGCCAGCAGAGAGAAGUGGCCAGAGAGGCCCAGGGGACAGCCAGGGACAGGCCGACAUGCGGCCAGGGCCCCAGGGCCUGGACAGGGGCUGCCAGGCCCCGUGACGGAGGACCCCGAGCCCCUGGAGGGGCCAUGGUGUUGCCUGCCCGACAUGUCAGCCGAGGUGCGGCUGAGGCGGCUCCAGCAGCUGGUGCUGGACCCCGGCUUCCUGGGGCUGGAGCCCCUGCUCGACCUUCUCCUGGGCGUCCACCAGGAGCUGGGCGCCUCCGACCUGGCCCAGGACAAGUACGUGGCCGACUUCUUGCAGUGGGUGGAGCCCAUCGCGACAAGGCUUAAGGAGGUCCGGCUGCAGAGGGAAGAUUUCGAGAUUCUGAAGGUGAUCGGACGCGGGGCGUUCAGUGAGGUAGCGGUGGUGAAGAUGAAGCAGACCGGCCAGGUGUACGCCAUGAAGAUCAUGAAUAAGUGGGACAUGCUGAAGAGAGGAGAGGUGUCAUGCUUCCGCGAAGAGAGGGAUGUGUUAGUGAACGGGGACCGGCGCUGGAUCACACAGCUACAUUUCGCCUUCCAGGACGAGAACUAUCUGUACCUGGUCAUGGAGUACUACGUGGGCGGGGACCUGCUGACGCUGCUGAGCAAGUUUGGGGAGCGGAUCCCGGCCGAGAUGGCGCGCUUCUACCUGGCCGAGAUUGUCAUGGCCAUAGACUCAGUGCACCGACUGGGCUAUGUGCACAGGGACAUCAAACCAGACAACAUCCUGCUGGACCGCUGUGGCCACAUCCGCUUGGCUGACUUUGGCUCAUGCCUGAAGUUGCAGGCAGAUGGAACGGUGCGGUCGCUGGUGGCUGUGGGCACCCCAGACUACUUGUCCCCAGAGAUCCUGCAGGCUGUGGGCGGCGGGCCGGGGACCGGCAGCUACGGGCCCGAGUGUGACUGGUGGGCAUUGGGUGUGUUCGCCUAUGAAAUGUUCUAUGGGCAGACGCCCUUCUAUGCCGACUCCACCGCGGAGACCUACGGCAAGAUCGUGCACUACAAGGAGCACCUCUCUCUACCGCUGGCUGACGCAGGGGUUCCUGAGGAGGCUCGAGACCUUAUCCAGCGACUCCUGUGUCCUCCGGAGACGCGGCUGGGCCGGAAUGGAGCAGGUGAUUUCCAGAAGCAUCCUUUCUUCUUUGAUCUUGACUGGGAUGGUCUCCGAGACAGCGUGCCUCCCUUUACGCCAGAUUUUGACGGUGCCACCGACACAUGCAACUUCGAUGUGGUGGAAGAUGGGCUCACUGCCAUGGUGAGCGGGGGCGGGGAGACACUGUCGGACAUGCGGGAAGGCGUGCCACUGGGGGUCCACCUGCCUUUUGUGGGCUUCUCCUACUCCUGCAUGGCCCUCAGGGACAAUGAGGUUCCAGGCCCCAUGCCCAUGGAACUGGAGGCUGAGCCAUUGCCUGAGGCACCUGUGCAAGUGUCCAGCCUGGAGUCCACGGUGCCCCCACCAGAGGAAAUAGCUGAAGCGGCAAUUCCAGUGGCAGUUCCAGUGGCCAUCCCAGCGGCUGUGGCAGCUGAGGUGACCUUGCAGGAGCUCCAGGAGGCCCUGGAGGAAGAGGUGCUUACCCGACAGAGCCUGAGCCGAGAGCUGGAGGCCAUCCGCACGGCUAACCAGAACUUUGCCAGUCAACUCCGUGAGGCCGAGGCCAGGAACCGAAACCUGGAGGAGCAUAUUCGGCAGCUGCAAGAGCGGAUGGAGGGGCUUCAGGCGGAAGGAGCAGCUGCUGUCACGGGGGUCCCCAGUCCCCGGGCCACGGAUCCACCUUCCCAUCUAGAUGGCCCCCCGCCCGUGGCUCUGGGCCAGUGCUCGCUGGUGGGGCCAAGCCCCAUGCACCGCCGCCACCUGCUGCUCCCUGCCAGGGUCCCUAGGCUUGGCCUAUCGGAGGCGCGUUCCCUGCUCCUGUUCACCGUUGCUCUGGCUGGUGCCGCCGCCCUGGGCUGCACUGGGUUGGUGGCCGGCGCAGGCCAUCUCACCCCAGUCUGGCGCCACCCAGGAACCGCCUUCGCCCCCUGAACCCUAAAAGCCCAGCUUGUCCUCCACUCGGGCCCACUGGAGGGUUGGGUGGCCCGGGCUCGGCCCAAAAGCCACUCCCACCGCCUCCCGUCCACACCACUCCAAGCGUGGGUCUCUGCCCCAGCUCCAGCCUUGUGAUCCGGGCUCGCCCCCUGGCGGCCGGGGAGGAAGGAGCUGGGCCCGCGGCCCGAGCACAGGGCCCAAGGGAGGCUUGUAGCUCGGAAUACUGCUGCUGGGGGAAUCGCGGGCCACUUCCUUCGGCCCAGCCUGGCUGAGGUCGCGACGUGGACGAGCAAACUACAAUCUAGAGAAGGCAGCAGGGCCAGAGCUCAUCCUUCCGUUUUUCACCUUCCACGCAUAACUACCCACAUCGGCUCGAAAACCACAAAUCCUUGUGCAUGAGGCCCUGCUCUCCGGGGAACGUUCUCUUCCCAUGGAGAACGUCUAGUGCAAGUCCCGCCCGCUCUCGGGAACCGUUCGCUUUUGCCAGCCCCGCUUUUUCGGGGCCUCCCGCGCCCUCCUCACGUGUGCUGCUCUCAGAGCCACAGCUGGCUCCUCCCGCCUCGGCGGUUUGGGUAUUUAUUGACCUGUCCUCCGACCCACUGACAGUCUCCAGGACCCCAUUACAAUAGUCCACGUUUUGGAUGCACUGAGACCCCGACAUUCCUUGGUAUUUAUUGUCUCUCCCCACCUAGGAACCCCACCCCCGACCCUCGCAAAUAAAAGGCCCUCUCGUCUGUCCAAA